UCCCCUUUAUCCCUUUGAAAGUCAUGGAAAUUUCAUGUUGCUACCUGUAACCAACAAUUCAUUGUUCCAAAAGCAACGAACCUGAUCCACUCAUUGUUUUGAUCCAUGCCCAUAAAUAUGCUCCCCAAGAAUGGCCCCAAGCUCAUCUUCACAUGAUCAUAUAUAACAAAGUCACCCAAACCUGAAAGUGAUAAGCCAGUUCCUUUUUCAUUUUCUUCAUCAUCAUCAUAACCUUCUUGUUUUUCGUCAACUGAAUCCAUCAAUGGGUGAAGGCAAAAGGGUUGUGUUUCAGAGUUCAUAUCAGAAUGGUAAUGGUAAUAAAGAGGAAGAAGAUAACUGGGAGAUCAUGGAAGGUGAUGAUAAUUCUGAUACGACCAACCACAUGAUCUCAUCAUUAAAUUUCGCUAUUGAAGAUCCAACUACUUCAGAUGAAUCAUCAUCUUCACUGGAUAUGGCUGAUGAUGCAUCUUCUUCAUCUUCACCUUCAUCUUCGUCAUCUUCGCCUUCAAGUGGACCACUAUAUGACUUAUCUGAGCUCAUGACUCAAUUACCCAUCAAGAGGGGACUUUCUAAGUAUUAUCAAGGCAAAUCUCAAUCUUACGCAUGUCUAUCAAGAGUGAAGAGCAUAGAGGAUCUUGCAAAGAAAGAAGUUCCUUACAGAAGAAAAAUGAAGUCAUGCAAGAGCUAUGCAGGUGGAUUAGAUGCCUACAAGUCCUACACUCUUCCCAAGCCCAUUAUAUCCAAGAAAGCUUCAAAGAGUUCAUUGCCUUCGUCUUUUCCGAGUAGAAGGGGAAGCUUUUCAGGUAGUUGCAGGCCCCCUUUGAUCCCAGAAUAAAAGAAUGAGGGGUGUUAACCUAUAUACAUGAUAAUUAGGCGCCCAAAAGAAAGGAAAGAAAAAUAUAAUAUCGAUGACUUCCACCCGGAGAGAGAGAGAGAGAGAGAGAGAGAUCUUGUACAUAAGUUCUAUGAUUAUCAGUUCAGAAGAAUUCCUGUAAUAAUUUUGCAUAGAUAUACAAGCUUUAAGAUUUUAAUUGCUCACAGCUAGACUUCAAUCAAUUUUUAUGUGUUGAUGAAAUAUAGCACUGCUUGAAUGAUCUGUG